UUGUGCAACCAAAUAUUCCAUUUGCAAAUUUGACUUUUUGAAAAAGUCACUUGAUCCCUAGGAAUAGUUCUGAGGAGCAUGUGCACUACAAUCAGCCAGCACCACAUAUCUGCACCAAAUGAAAUUUAGUACAGGAAGUACUAAGAAAGUUUGUUUUAUCUUUACCACUUUGAUACUGGAGCCUCCUUAAGACCUGGGUAUCCAGUGUACUCUGUCUUAAUUUUGACAGUACUUUUAAUACCUGUCCAUUUAUUUUGUAAAUUCCUUCAGGGGCACAACCCAGGUCUUCCACUUUGUAGUCUAUAGGGCCAUAAGACAUAGAAAUUCACACUAAAAAUAACAUAAUUCAGUGAGCAGCCAUCAUUCGCUUAGGCCAGACUUUAUUUUGAGCCUCAAAUACAUUCUAGUCAGGACAUCUCAGACUGCAAAUUAUGUACAAGUAGUCAGGGAAUGAAGAAAAGAGGAAGCGGGAAGAAAACCUCCCUACAGCCCAUCUUCAAAGCGAACUGACAGGCGAGCGGAAGAGGCUCUGCGGACGGAACAGGCCGGGGGGCAGCCUGCAGCGUGGCAGGGGAGACGGGGUGUCAGGGUUAUUUCGGCUCUGGCCCUGGCCCCGGUGUUGGGUUACCCCGGCCCGCGCCUGACGCGCAGCCCCAGCCUUUCUAGGGACACGUCCCAGGCCCCCUGUCCUACGGCUGCUCUCAGCAGACUCCCUCCCCCACGGGGGGCGCUAGCGCUGCUGCGGCGGCGGGGCGGGAAGGCCCCGGCUUGGGGACCGCGGCACCUAGAGGGACGGGACCAGAGCGGGGAGCCGAAGCUCCGCCGCCCCCGCGGGGUCUCUCCUGACGGGCGAGGCUGCCCCCCUGCCGGGGCCCGCCGCGAGCAGGCGGCUCCAGGGCGGAGGAGCAGGGCCACGCCGCGCUGCCGGCGAGUAGCGCGCGCACCUGCUGCUACUGGUCGCGCGGCCUCCUCCUCCCUCAGGCGCAGCAGGGGACCGGCCCCGCGCGCGGGGGUGAGCGGGGGAGGGGGUCACGCGGGGUUAUUUACGGCCUGGCUCUAAUUUCGGAAGCCCAAUAACAACAAACCCACGGGCGGGCACGUCUAAUGCGGAGACUCACCCGUCCCGCAGAGAGGCGCCGGCCCCUUUAAAAACACACGAGGCCACGCCCACCCCCCCUCCUGAAAGGCCGCCCGCCAAUCGAGGGCGGGGACCCAGCCCGGGGUGCCGGGAGCCAAUGAGCAGGCCGCUUAGUGAGAGGCGGAGCAGCGGGACGGGAGAGAAGAUGGAGGCAGCGGCCGCAGAGCGGGGUCCGGCAGCUGCUGGCGGCGGCGGCGUUGCCCCCCUGGGGCCGCGGGCCGCGGCGGUGCCGGAGCGGCUGCAGCGGCGGGAGGCGGAGCGGCAGCGGGAGGCGGAGCGGCGGCGGCAGGAGAAGGCGGCCCAGGCGGUGCAGGAGGAGCAGAGCGGGUUCUUCGCGGCCGCCUUCUCCCGGGAGCGGGCGGCCAUCGAGGCGCUGCUGGGGCCCGGCCCGGGCGAGGCGGAGGCGGAGGAGGCGCUGGAGGAGGCAGCCGCCCGGCUGCAAGGGCUGCAGAAGCUCCUCACCGAUAGCGUCCGCUUCCUGGCGCCGUACGAGGUGCGGCAGGCGCAGGAGGCGCUGAGCCGGCUCCAGGGGGCCCUGACGGCCAAGCGCCAGCAGCUGCAGCCCAAGAAGCGAUUCGCCUUCCGGGCCCGCAGGAAGGAGGCGGAGUCCGCCCCGCCGCCCGCCCCGGCCGGCCCGCUGCCCGCGGAGUCCGCCCCGCCGGCCGGCCAGCUGCCCGCGGAGGGCGAAGGGAGCGGCCCCCCGCUGUGCGGCUUCAGCCGGGCCGAGGCCCAGACGCUGGAGCUCGGCCCCUCGGAGCUUUUGCAGCGCGAUGUGCUGCUGGCCGAUCUGAGUGACUGCCGGGUGCUGCUCCGCGGCAACCCCAACACGCUCCGGGUACGGGACUGCCGGGGCUGCACCGUGCUCUGUGGGCCCGUCUCCACCUCGGUGCUGGUGGACGGGUGUAGCGACUGCCUCCUGGUCCUGGCCUGCCAGCAGCUCCGCACCCACCGCACCCGGGACACCCGGAUCUACGUGCAGGUGACCAGCCGGGCUAUCGUGGAGGACUGCAGUGGCGUCCGCUUCGCCCCCUACACCUGGAUCUACCCAGGCAUCGAGGGCGACUACGAGUCCUCCGGGCUGGACAGAGGCAGGAACAACUGGAACCUGGUGGAUGACUUUGACUGGCUGGCCAGAGAUGAGCCCUCGCCCAACUGGAGCGUGAUCCCUGAGCAGGAGAGAAUCACCCAGUGGGACUGAAUGGAGGCUGCAAAGGAAACAUUUUCCACCCUAGAGGGGCUCUGAGACUGCAGAGGAAACUUGUCGCUGAACAGCAGGUCCCAGCAUAGCUGCAAAUAAAACUAACUUUGAUUCAUUCUAAAACAACUUUAAAUGCUGAAUUAUAAUGUGGGAUUAAACUACUUGUUCUAAACUGCUAUACAUUGAUGUGCUGUGCUAGAGGCUGGUAACCACUGCGGUAUCCCUGUGACAACUUUUUAGGGCUUCUGUGAUUUGUACACUGUUUUCCUGCUCACUGGCAAUGAGCCUCUAAGUAAAGGUAUGCUGCUGCCUACUUGUUCAACUGGAUACAAUCUGAAUCGCUUUGUGGUGAUGUACAUUUCAGUGGACCAGGAAAUCUAAUGCCCAGAUUCCUGAGUUCUAUAGCAUAUUACAAUCUAUGACCCUGUCUUCACUAGUGUGUGUUCUUCAUAGUAGGUAAUGUGGCAAAAGUUUUUCAGAGAGGUGGAAUUUCUCCAUUGCCCUAGUGCUGUCUACAUUGGGGUUUAGGUUGACUUAAAUUCACACUCCUGAGAGAUGUAGAUUCACACCCCUAACUAUGUAGUUAGGUCAGCCUAAAUUUUCAGCAUAGACCAGGCCUAGGAUUUACUUUGGUCUACUAAUAUGGGUGAAAACUACAACUUGCCUUGACCUCAUUAGGCUUUUACAAUAUGUUGGCCACUAAGGUAAGAACCUCCCUCUUUUCCUGGUGGAAGGCUAACCCUUUACACUCACGGUGUUGAUCUCAAGAUAACUUGAGAAUCAGUUAACUCAAGGUAAAUAUGUUCAUAAAUGCUAUUCUGGGUGCUAACGGACAAAUGGUUGUAGCCUGAAACAGCUAUUUGGGUAGUAUCCAGAUUAGCCAUUACAAACAUUAAUUGGCAAUCACUUAACUUGAGGUAAAAAGUAGUGUAAACAAGUUCUUAGAGAACAUAUUUAAGGUAUGCAAUAGGUGAUUGGUACCACAGAGGUCUUGCUCUAGUAAGGUACAGUUACCUUAAGGGGUUGAAUUGAUGUGGGAUGUUUGGGGAGGAGACUGGCUUAGAGAGAACUCCCCCCACCCCCAAAAAUCUUUAACUAGCUCUUGAUCUACUGUCUGUACUGCUACCUUCUCUUUUGUAUAGGCAAGUUGCAUAGGCAAUUUACCAAAGCCUAUUUUGGUGAAGAUGUGGCAGUAGCCCUUCAAAAGCACACUACACAUGGUGUAGCAUUAUGUACUUACAGUAGAAGACAUGGAAUAGUCUGCAAGCCUUUGUCCUUUAUUUAAAAAAAAAAAAAAACCCCAAACUAUAUACAAGACCUUCCCUUGAAAGUGCUCAUUGUGUUUACAAGUACAGAUGGUAUAAGGGUGUGGAAAUUUGAAACAGAACUGCCUUGUUCAAAGGUCAUUCCAUUGUAACAUCUCUACUCUAAAAUAUGAGUGUAGACAAAUAUAAACACUGCCUUGCCUACUGAAAAAACCAAGCUGUGCUCUCUGGGCUGAAGUGCAAUGUUUUAAAACAUCAAAUACAUUCAUAAUCACUGUAAAGCAGUAUCUAGCACUCUUAACUACUUGACUGUUUUUCAAGAACAAAUAUAGUCUCACCUAGUCAGUGUUUCUUUCCAGAAUAAAGUUGUUACCCUCUUUCAUUUACAAUUUAACUUGUAUGGGUUUGGGGGUAUUGUCACAAAUUUGCAGUUUUGUUUACUUGUACUAACUUGCAUCUUCUGCCUCACAGUUUCAGGUAUAAUACCAUGAAUGUACUUUAGCUAACUGUAUUUAACUCAGUCCUUAUUUUGUCUAAUUUUCUGCUGAUGUGGAAACUUUUGGCAGUCUAAUAAAUAUGUUCAAAGAAAAUA